GGGGUGGCGUCCCCGGCCGGUUUGAGGGGUGCGUUGCCCGGAGACGGAAAGUUUGGGAGCUGCGGCAGGCUCUGCGUGGCCCCGGGCGGGGGUCCGAGGAGUGGCGGUCCUGGGGAUGGGGAAGGAGCAGGAGCUGCUGGAGGCGGCCCGCACCGGGCACCUCCCGGCCGUGGAGAAGCUGCUGUCCGGGAAGCGGCUCUCCUCCGGCUUCGGCGGCGGCGGCGGCUCCGGCGGCGGCGGCGGCUCCGGGGGCGGCGGCCUCGGCUCUUCCAGCCACCCGCUUUCCAGUCUGCUGAGCAUGUGGAGAGGGCCAAACGUGAACUGCGUAGAUAGCACCGGCUACACUCCACUACACCACGCUGCUUUGAAUGGCCACAGGGAUGUGGUUGAGGUCCUUCUGAGGAACGACGCGCUGACCAAUGUUGCCGACUCGAAAGGCUGCUACCCACUGCACUUGGCAGCGUGGAAGGGAGACGCCCAGAUAGUGCGCUUGCUCAUCCACCAAGGGCCCUCGCACACCAGAGUCAACGAACAGAAUGCUCUUGAGAUCAAAGAAUUCAAAAAGUACGGCCCCUUUGACCCUUAUAUCAAUGCCAAGAACAACGACAACGAGACUGCCCUGCAUUGCGCAGCGCAGUACGGCCACACGGAGGUGGUGAAGGCCCUGCUGGAGGAGCUCACAGACCCCACCAUGCGCAACAACAAAUUCGAAACACCUCUGGACCUGGCCGCGCUCUACGGGCGGCUCGAGGUGGUGAAGAUGCUGCUGAGCGCGCACCCCAACCUCCUGAGCUGCAGCACCAGGAAGCACACCCCCUUACACUUGGCCGCCAGGAACGGCCACAAGGCUGUGGUGCAGGCCCUGCUGGACGCCGGCAUGGACAGCAACUCCCAGACGGAGAUGGGCAGCGCUUUGCAUGAGGCUGCUUUGUUUGGCAAGACCGAUGUGGUGCAAAUUCUGCUGGCUGCAGGAAUCGACGUCAACAUAAAGGACAACCACGGCCUGACUGCCCUGGACACGGUGCGGGACCUGCCUUCUCAGAAGAGCCAGCAGAUAGCAGCCCUGAUAGAAGAGCACAUGACUGGAAAAAGAAGCGUGAAAGAAGCAGAGAAGAUCUGCCCAGCCCAGCCACCUCUCCUGUCAGGCACAGACGCCGCAGCACCAAAGUCUCAGGGGAAUGUGGAGAGAGCAGUAACGGAGCUGAUAGUUGCUUUUGACGCGCACGCUGAGGAGGAGGGUCCCUACGAGGCACUGUACAAUGCCGUGUCCUGCCACUCCUUGGACAGCACGGCCAGUGGGCGAUCGUCCGACCGAGAUUCCGUGAACAAGGAGGCUGAGGCCGCGGGGCCGAGAGCUGCUGGAGGGAGGCCUAGAGAACGUCCGCCGCCUCCAGCAAAGCCACCCCCUGACGAAGAGGAGGAAGAGCGCGUAGAUAAGAAGUAUUUGCCCUUGACAGCCUCUGAGGGCCUGGCUGUGAGACCCAGGAUCCAGAGCAGCGUCCCCCGGGACGAGGAGGAACACCCAUACGAGCUGCUGCUCACAGCAGAGACCAAGAAGCCGGCUGCCACGGAUGGAAGGGCGAAAGACCACAGGCGGAGCAGCAUCAGCCGGAGCCAGGACUCUGUGGAGGGGCAGGACGGGCAGGUCCCGGAGCAGUUCUCAGGCCUCCUCCACGGCUCCUCCCCAGUGUGCGAGGUGGGGCAGGACCCUUUCCAGCUGCUUACUGCCCCCAGCCAGAACCACCCAGAGUCCCCCCAGCAAGACGCCUGCCACGAGGCCAGCAUGCAGCUAGGGGAGCCGGGCGUGCAAGCCACUGGAGACCCACAGCCCGGCGUCCUGGACCAGAGCGAGCGAGUGGGCUUUCCCGCAGGCCUGACUGCCCCAGCCAGCCGAGCACACCUCCAGACUUUGACUCACACGGUACCUCUGCACCCUGCUGGUGCUGAGGAAGACGGCGACCAGAGCGCGGCCAGAAGCCGAGCCCCUCCCACCAGCAAGCCGAAAGCUGAGCUCAAACUCAGCCGCAGUUUGUCUAAGUCUGACUCUGACCUCCUGACCUGCUCCCCCACGGAGGACACCACGAUGGGGAGCCGCAGCGAGUCCCUCUCCAACUGCAGCAUCGGGAAGAAGAGGCUGGAGAAGUCACCUUCAUUUGCCUCCGAGUGGGAUGAGAUUGAGAAAAUCAUGAGCUCGAUUGGAGAAGGCAUUGACUUUUCCCAGGAGCAGCAGAAGAUCUCAGGUUCUCGGACGCUGGAGCAGAGCGUCGGGGAGUGGCUGGAGUCGGUCGGCUUGCAGCAGUACGAGAGCAAGUUGCUCCUGAACGGCUUUGAUGAUGUCCGCUUUCUGGGGUCAAAUGUGAUGGAAGAGCAAGACCUGAGGGAGAUUGGCAUCAGCGACCCUCAGCACCGGCGGAAGCUGCUGCAGGCUGCACGCUCCCUGCCCAAGGUGAAGGCUCUUGGCUAUGAUGGGGUCAGCCCCCCGACGGUGCCCUCCUGGUUGGACUCGCUGGGGCUGCAGGACUACGUCCACUCCUUCCUGUCCAGCGGCUACAGCUCCAUUGAUGCUGUGAAGAACCUCUGGGAGCUGGAGCUCGUCAACGUCCUCAAGGUUCACCUGCUGGGCCACCGGAAGCGCAUCAUUGCUUCUCUUGCAGAAAGGCCCUAUGAGGAGCCACCCCAGAAGCCCCCGAGGUUUUCCCAGCUAAGAUGCCAGGAUUUAAUCUCCCAGACAUCGUCCCCGCUGAGCCAGAACGAGUCCUGUACAGGGCGGUCGGCAGACCUGCUGCUGCCCUCGGUGGAAACGAGCAGGAGGCGUCAUGACAGCCCGUACGACCCUGGGGCAGCCUGCCGGGCAGAGCACUUCAGAGUCCAGGAGGAGCCCGGCGAGGCCAGGCUGACCCUCCGUCCGCCCAGCCUGGCUGCCCCCUAUGCGUCCGUGCAGAGCUGGCAGCACCAGCCAGAGAAGCUCAUCUUUGAAUCCUGCGGUUACGAGGCCAACUAUCUGGGCUCCAUGCUGAUCAAAGACCUGCGAGGGACAGAGUCCACACAAGACGCCUGUGCCAAAAUGCGGAGGUCGACCGAGCACAUGAAGAAGAUCCCCACCAUCAUCCUGUCCAUCACAUACAAAGGGGUCAAGUUCAUCGAUGCUUCCAACAAGAAUGUCAUUGCUGAGCACGAGAUCCGAAACAUCUCUUGCGCCGCGCAGGACCCGGAGGACCUGUGUACCUUUGCCUACAUCACCAAGGACCUGCAGACCAGCCACCACUACUGCCACGUUUUCAGCACAGUGGAUGUGAACCUUACCUACGAGAUCAUCCUGACCUUGGGGCAGGCAUUUGAGGUGGCCUACCAGCUGGCCCUUCAGGCCCAGAAAUCCAGGACCAUGGGGGCCUCUGCGGCUGCGACGAUUGAGACAAAGUCUUCCAAGCCGGUGCCUAAGCCUCGGGUCGGCGUGAGGAAGUCUGCACUGGAACCACCGGAUCCGGACCAGGAGCUCCCAUCCCACGCCAGUGUUUCCUGGAUCGUGGACCCGAAGCCGGACUCGAAGCGGAGCCUCAGCACCAACUGAGCCACUGAGGAGCCACACUGUGUGCUGCGGAGACAUAGAUGGGGGGCGCACAGGCUCCUCCCCCCAGCACCGAGCGCCUCGCCCUCAGCUCUGAAGACCCAGGCCCCGCCCUGCCGUAGGACCUCCCUUCAGCUGCUCGGCCUGGGCCCGCCGCCGCCUGCAGAACAAACCCCGCCAUGGAGGCAGAGAAGACGCCAGGCAUCCAGCCGAGGGGACCAUAACUCUGGGCGGCCCAAGAGUGGCCUGUCCAGGACGUGUGUUUUUAAUAGGGAAAGUAAUCUUUUAUAUAUAUAUAUAUAAUAUAUAAAUUUUUAACACCUGGCUCCAGCUUCUGGGUAAAAGCUGCCAAUCAAGGACACAGUAACAGACUGGCGGAACCUCAUCUGUAAAGCCCUCUGCCUCGGGGUGCGGUCUCAGCCUGGGGGUGGCUUGGGGCAGAGUUGAGACUUCAGUCUUUUGUUCCCAGCUAGAGCUGGACUGGGGCGGUGACACUUGGACCAGAGCAGAAGUUUCUGGGGCUCCAAAUGGGGGAUAAGCAAGUAGUUUGUGGUGCAGGGAACUCCUUGGUACUCUGUUAGCACUGCCCAAGGCAGCUGUCCCGUGUUGGUGGCAGAAGUGGCUUGGUUGGGGGCAUUAGUGGGACGCAGUAAGACCUCAGCUGGCUCUUGUGUGCGGGUAGGUCAGGUGACAGUCAGUGACAAGCUGGUGUUCCUUGAACCCUUGUGCUAGCUUACUUUGCUUUUUAAGGUGACGUGGGUGGGUGGCGGUCAUCUUCCUGGGCUUAAGGAACAAUGAGGACCAGAGUGCUGGGGAACAGGGACCGAGCCAGGCCGGCCACUCACCAGCGCUUCUGGAGUAGGGAGCAAAGAGGCGGCCUGGGCCCGUGGGUACCUAGGCAGGCUUCGGGCUCUCCUGGCGGCACCCACUCUGGUCCUGGGGACAGAAGGCCAGGCUUGAGCCGUCUGAACUGCAGUCCUGGGCGUGUGCAAGCGGCGCUCCUGGGCACCCUCAGCCUGUGGCUGGUCAGUGCACGCAGCUUUACCUCUCCUGGACCUGGGGGGGGGGUGGACUGCCUGCUGUGUACUUGGCACAGCGGGUGCUCGGGUACAGCUCCUCUCUGGGAAGAAGCCAGUGUCCUCCACGGCUAGGUAGCGGCGACACAGCUUCCUUUCCCUGCCUCGCGCUCAGCCCUGGAAAGCUCCCCUCCGCUCCCACCUUGCGAGAAUCCAGGGAGGCCCUUGGUUCCUGGUCAGUUGUGCCGAACACCUUCCUGUCCCCUCCCAGAGGUGAGCUCAGCAGGCUCUGUGUGGGCACAAAGCCAGGCACAGUGUAGACACUACGAUGAGCUAGGCUGCAGUGUAGACAGACACUACAGCGACCUCCAGCCUCGCGCUGGCCUGAACUCACAGGCAGGCGUUCCUUCCCUCAGUGCUGCUGGGUCUUAUUUAUUCGGGUGUCUCUACCAGAGAGUCUCCGGCUUGUCUGCUCUGGGUCUCCUUUCAAUACUGGUUUCUGAAUAUUCCAGAAAUUCCUCUUCUGCUCCUCGGGGUGGGUCUCUGCCUUUCAGGACAGGUGCCAAGUGGAGGGGUCUGCCUUUGGCACUCGUGUGAGUCAUGCCUCAGUGGCUGGCCGCGGGCCCCGUGUCUGCCUCUAGGGGGUCCUUGAGAAGCCUAGGGUUGAGUGCUACAACAUGAGGCUGCAACGUCAAGAUGUUUCAGUCAGCUUUAUGAGGUGCCUGGACCUGUAUUCAGGUCACGGAGUGUUGCUUAUGGUGGACAGUGGGACUGGAUUGUAAGAAAAAUGUUAUUUAAUCUUUGUUUCCGUAUUUUGAUACUUGAAUGACUUCCCUUUUGUUUUACUGUAUAUAAAACUGUUAAGCUGUCUGAUUUUGUUUGAAUUAUAAACACCCUGUGGUACCAAACAUAACCUGUGCAACCGCAUAGACUGACCUCACUACAGAGCGUGCACAUCCUGGGCUUCCGGCUCUGUUUGUUAAUGCCGUAGCUGGGCAGCUCGGGACAGACUGAGCUAAUAAAGGAGAGAGGUGGAAACCA